UUUUACAUCCUGAAAUGUCACUCGUUCCCGUCCACUCUUACAGCGUGGCACUUCCGGAAAGGGGCGUGGCGCCAUCGUAUGUGGGCGGGGCUUAAAGUCGAACAGGAAAGUGAGUCGCUACUUCCUCGGCGUUCAGAGAAACGAUGGCGGCGAUCCGUAAGAAGCUGGUAAUCGUUGGGGACGGCGCUUGUGGAAAGACGUGCUUACUGAUCGUGUUCAGUAAAGACCAGUUCCCCGAGGUUUACGUUCCCACCGUGUUCGAGAAUUACGUCGCCGACAUCGAGGUGGAUGGAAAGCAGGUGGAGCUCGCUCUGUGGGACACUGCCGGUCAGGAGGAUUACGAUCGCCUGAGGCCGCUCUCAUACCCGGACACAGACGUCAUCCUCAUGUGCUUCUCUAUAGACAGUCCUGAUAGCUUGGAGAAUAUUCCGGAGAAGUGGACGCCAGAAGUGAAGCAUUUCUGUCCGAACGUUCCCAUCAUCCUCGUGGGGAACAAGAAGGACCUGCGUAACGACGAGCACACUCGACGAGAGCUGUCCAAAAUGAAACAGGAGCCUGUAAAACCAGAAGAAGGUCGCGACAUGGCGAACCGGAUCAACGCUUUCGGUUAUUUAGAAUGCUCAGCGAAGACGAAAGACGGCGUGAGGGAAGUGUUUGAAAUGGCCACCAGGGCGGCGCUGCAGGCCAAGAAGCGCGGCAAGAAGAACGGCUGCCUGUUAUUAUAGACAUCAAACCAAACUACGGGCUGGUCGGAGGAUCUUUAACUCUGCCAUCGUGAAACAGGGAGGGAGGGCGGGGUUUAAUUCCCACGAUACUGAUACGGCCAAUCAGAGACGGGGAUUUAGAGAAACCGUGAUCCAUGAUAAGGACGUCUGAAACAGCUUAGCGAUUUGGAUAACGGCAUUAUUUUUGUCAUUAUGAAGCCCAGAAUAGGGCCCCGUUCCAAUAAUGGUUUUAAUACACCCUUGUCCACUUUCCCUUGGUUGAGCCCACUUGGUCACCUUAAGGGCGCUGCUGCAUCAUCAACAUGGCUGACAAUGCAAGCAAUGAAAAAUCUUCUAACAUUUAAUGGUCUUUUGGGAGGGUUUAUGACUCGACAUCUCCAUGAUCAUUAUUUUACUCUGCUAGCCAAUUACCAAGCAUGAUGGUCAACAUACUCGCUAGUUCACAAGCCAGUCAGAGUCUGUGUUUAAGGGGAAGUGAACAGGGGUGUUGUGGAACACAGAGCAGGGUUAUUUUAACACUUCCUCUGAACGUUUGAGGUUAGGUUUUUAAAAGGAAUCUGUCAUUAGGACUUUUCAUUUUAUUUUUUUAUUUUUUUUUUUUUCCUUCCACUGGUCUUCGUCCUGAUCUCUCCUCCUGUCUUCAGUGACCGUGUUGAACUGACUGUACGUAUGUUUGUAUAUGUGUGUAUAUGAAUGCAUGCGCAUCUUUCUUUGUAAAUGAGUGUAUUUUGACUUCUUUUUUUUCUCUGUUUCUUUUUCUUACCUUUUUUUUUUUUUUUUCUUCCCCAUACCUGGCAUCUUACAGGAUUCUGGGCUGUACAUUAGUGACCUAAUACAUUUGGCAUUUGGUUUCAUGUUAUUUAAAAGCAUACAGUUUUUUAAUCGUUGCAUUUAGAAAAUAAAAAUUUAAUGGAAAAAGCCAAAA